GUAUUAAAAAAAAUAAUAAUAAAACAAAAAAAUAAAAUACCAAAACCAAAAAAAAUAAAAAAACAAACAGCUCAGUAUUAAAAAAAAAAAAAAUUCCCCAUUCCCUUUCACGAUGCUUUUCACGAUGCUCUUUCCCAUUCCCUUUCCCACCAUCAACCAUCGAUCAUCUACCUUCUUGAGAACACCGACGACGACAUCGCAACGUCCUUUCCCAUUCCCUUUCACGAUGCUCUGGCUUUCCCAAUCCUCUGCCUUUCCCAUCGCAUCCGAUAUCUCCUUCCUCAGACCACCGAUCUGCCUAACACCAUCGAUCUCCUUCAUCAGACCACCGACAACGGCAUCGCAUCCACCAUACCCACCAUUGCAUCCGAUAUCUCCUUCCUUAGACCACCGAUUUGCCUAAGACCAUCGACCUCACCCAUAUCCACUUCGCUCAGCUUCCACUCUUCCUCAGACCAGAAACGGAGCCCCAUUUGCCGUGGGUCUCAUCCAGCCCAGCACAGCCCCAUUUGCAAUGGGCUGGGUCGGUUGUAUGUCGAUCGGCAAUACAACCGACCCAGCCCGUCGAGACCGGCCCAAAGUGGAAACUGAGCGAGGUGGAGUUAUCAGCUUGCUUCCUGAUAAUCUUAGCGAAAUUGGUGUGGAGUACGUUGAGGAGAGUAUAACUUAUCGUCAACAAGUGGAACAAGAGUUUAUAUUGAUUUGGACAUUCCUGAGACUGCUGAAUUCAAAGAUCAGCUGGUGAAAAAUAACCAACCAAUAGUACAAAUGCCCAAGCAAUUCAAACCACAAGUAACAAUUGAAGAAGAGAUGAACAUCAACAGAAGAACCAUAAGUGUAAUAAAAAAAAUUAUGUGGGACUCUGAUAAUGAGGAAACGAUCUUUACCUGUCAAGGAAAGAUUAUAAACAUUGACAUAGAUCAUUCUGGUUGGUACUUUAUCUCUUGCGAAGUAUGUCGUAGAAAGGUAAAAUCAAGAGAUAAAUUUUUAUGGUGUCACAAUUGCAACAAAAAGGCAUGCUUCCCAAUCCCAAGGUAUAGAAUUCAAUUAAAGGUUGAAGAUAGCUCAGGAAUGGCCACAUUCAUUUUAUUUGAUUCAGAAGCAGAAAAAUUACUCAACAUAUCAGCCAAAGACUUUUUGAAUAAAUCUUUAGAGGAGCCCGAUGAAGUCAUCCUUCCUGUGCAAAUAGAAAAUCUGAAAGGAAAACAAUUUGUUUUCCAAAUACAACUAAAUGACUAUAAUCUCAACUAUGGAUGGGAAUUCUACACUAUCAAGAAACUUUUUGACUCUUUUGAAGAAACUGACAAAGCAAUUCAGCUUGAUAAAAUGACAGAAGUUUACAUCAGUGAUUCUUCAAAUGAAUGUAGCAACAACUUAUCAAUUGAAGAAGAUGGUGAUUGUACAAAAUUUCAAAAACUUGAUGUUCAAACAAAUGUGCAACUCACACCAACAUCUGUACUUCAGGAAAACAAAAGGGCAUAUUCAGGGACUACUACAAAGCAACAAAGGAAGAAGAUACAAAAAACACUUUAAAGUUGUCUUUCAAUCUCUAAGAUUUUCUAUGCACAAUUUGGUUUUAAUGAAUUUGUGAUUUUAAUACUAAAGACGUAUUGGAACAAAGGAAAUUUUUUUUGCUUUUAUGCACAAUUUGGUUUUAAAUUGAAACAAAGAGGAAUUAAACUCUUAUAUUUAGUUAUUUGAGGAUUUUUUUUUUACUAUAGCGUUAAUUGUUUGUCUAUAUACAUCUAAUUUCUAAAUAUUGUAGUGUUCAAUAUUGUUUGAAUUGUAACUUAUCAUGUAUAAAUAAUUUAUUUUGAAUUUUAAGUAAUUAAUAUUUGCAUUGGUA